GAGAGGGAGAAAGUGAGCUCACGUUCACACAUUGGUGAAGAGGCUGGUCUUGCAAUGCCUUUGAAUAUUUUACUUUUAGGCAGUUCCUCAUCAGUCAGGCACACACAUCCGAGGCGAGCUGAAGCUAACUACAGCCAUGGACAGCACUAGGAGAUCUCAAAUCUAAUCGCACGCAUCAUUCCUCCAGGAUAUUUUUUAAAUUCCAUAUCUAAACACGCUGACAGGCAGCUGCACUCACACUCUCUCACACACACAUCCACAUCCACACGUCGCAGAGCCGCCGAGAAAACACCUUGUCUCCUCUCGCAGGAUAUACCCGCUCACACACAUCUCUCUUUAUCUCCUCCUGGCUUCCUGGAGGAUCCUGCCGGCUGUUUUUCAUGGAGAAAGUCCAGGGAGAAAUGGAGAUUGAGAGAUGGGAAAGAAGUGAAGAGAUUUCAGACGCAGAAAAAAAGGUUAUUCAAGAGAUAUGGAGCAGAGUAUACGCAAACUGCGAGGACGUUGGGGUCUCCAUACUCAUCAGGUUUUUUGUGAACUUCCCCUCGGCCAAGCAGUACUUCAGCCAGUUCAAGCACAUGGAGGACCCUCUGGAGAUGGAGAGGAGCUUGCAGCUGCGCAAGCACGCUCGGAGGGUGAUGGGGGCCAUCAACACCGUGGUGGAGAACCUCAACGACUCUGAGAAAGUCUCCUCUGUCCUGGCCCUGGUGGGCAAGGCCCACGCCCUCAAGCACAAAGUGGAGCCCAUCUACUUUAAGAAGCUGACUGGAGUCAUGCUGGAGGUCAUUGCUGAGGAAUACCCCAACGACUUCACCCCCGAGGCACACGGAGCCUGGACCAAGAUGAAGACCCUGAUCUACACCCACGUGACAGCAGCCUACAAGGAGGUGGGCUGGGCUCAGUACCCCACUGCCACCCUGUGAGCGCCCAGGGGGCCACCAGAGGGGCAGGGAGGGCUUUGCUCACCCCAGGACUUCACUCUGGUCUCUUCUCAAGAUCUUUGCUCGGUUUGGGGAGCCCUGUAGGGCCAGUUCUGUCAGCUGCCAAGUCACAAUUUGAUCUCCACGGGGUUUAAAAAACAAACUUAAUAAGCCAAAAAAACCACAGAAGCAUGAAGGGUGUGGGUGGGUCGGGGUGAAGCAGUUGAAGGGGAUGCAGAGGGCGAGGGGAGAGCAUUGGUUGUUGGCUCCAUCUUCCUGUUCUGGCCUGUCCAUCACCACCUCCCAAAUCCUGCACCUCACUUGCACCAUCUCAAAGUCCCUUGUACAAGUGCUGCCCCAUUCACUGACCAACAACACAACCCUCAUUUUCCAUGUGAAGCCCCUGGGCAAGCCUGGCUUUUGGGGGCACACAUGGAGACCUGCGACUGGCACCGAGAAUGCUUUGCUUUGCACUUUCUGUAUCACCUGGCAGGGCUGGCAGCCAGAGCCACUCCGGGUGCCCUGUGCUCCAGGUGGGCAGCAGCCCUUCCCUCUCCUGUCACCCACAGUCCCUGCCCUUGGCUGGCUGCUGCAAACCCUCCUGGGCUGGGGGAGACUGGGAGGGAGGGGGAUGCCUUUGGGCUGCCUCCCCUCGUGGUUCGGAGCACGGCGUGUAGGUGGGGUCCCUGUGCCACACGUGGGGAGCUGGUGAGCCCACCCACUGCCCUUCAGCUCCCUGAGGAUGGGCUUGGGUGGCACACCAUGUGCCACUGCCCUGGCAGCUGGUGUGUGUAGAUUUGUCCCCCUCUCAGUGAAAAGGAGGGGUCAGGCUGUGACCAGGAGGAGAAAAGAUGGCAUGGACCUAUCAGGAGGGAUUUCUGGGUAUGAGGAAAGGUCCCUUCUCUGUUAAAAUUGGUAAAUACCUUGUACAGAGCAUAUUCCUGCCCUCGUGGUGAGACUGGGCUCCUCCAAACAAAGUGCCUGGUAGAAAUCAGCUCACGCAGGAGCUGUGUCCCUCUGGGGACAGCCGUGCUCCUGCCUGUGCCUGACAAAGGCUUCUCCCACACCCCCCAAAACGUGGCUGCACGGCUUGGAGCACUCAUCCCGCCUCCAACACCAACUCCUCCUGAGCCUCUGGGUGAGUCUACCUGAUUUGUGCCUCAGUUUCCCCUGCAGUUCUGAAAACGGGAGGAGGAGCAGCCCCUCCUGCCCACAUGUGGUUGGAUUUAAAAGAUUUCUGGGAACUGAAUGGCAAAGGAUUGAGGAUGAAAUGUCAGAUGUGCUGGGAAGCUUUGGAAUCCUUGCCACCCAAUAUUUCCCUAAAGGCCUCUGCUAUUUUUAGAGCUCUAGCAAGCAGUAAGGGCAAUGUUAUCUGCUGAAGAGGGAGGAGGGUUCCCUUCUGAGAUUUCCUCUGGCCUCGCUCCACCGCUGUCCUGGAGAGCUGGCAGCUUCCUGAGAGAGACCAGCUCCUCUCCUGGAUGCCAGCUGGACAGGCAGCAAGCCCACAGUUCCAACUGGGAUCCCUACAGCCACCUUGGGGACAUCCCUCCACUGUGGGGACACUGCUGCAGGGGGCAGCGGUCACUCCUCCAGGCUGACCUCCCUCCCCCAGAGCAAACACACAGAAGCUCCUGCUUUGCUCACCUGUGCUUUUCAUCAUCCCCAGGGACAGGUUUAUUCUGUCUCAAAAUAGCCCCAGGACUCCAGUAAUGUCACUACAGCCACUCUGGCCUCGCAGCUCUUUCCUUUCUGCAUCCCACAUUACCACUGAUGGAGAGGAGCAGUGGAGCCUGGAGCAAUGGCACGUCCUGGGCAUCCAGGGACAGCUGGGUGGCACUGACAGCUCGGGCACCGCUGUCCUUGGCCUGGCAGCGUGCAGCAUCCAGGGGGCUGUGGGGAGGGGACAGGCAGCGGGUGCUGAGCCAUGCUGCUUUGCUCAUGGGGUUGCUGUCAGAGUCAGCACCCCCAAAAUUCAGCCCAUCAGCCUGCACGGGUGAGGGUGCCACCAGCUCACACUGGAGUGCCGCAGCAGCUGCUCCUCCCCGAAUGUCAGUGGAGGCAUCCCUCAAACAGCCGCUGCUGCCUGGGGCAGGGAUGGAUGGGAAAAACCUGUUCAGCCAUUGCCUUCCCUCCAGGGCAGGACUGGAGGGAGAUGGCUUCGAUCAAGACUGUUAGAUGCUAUUUGUGUGUGUGCACAUCACGGGACUCUCACGAGCACAGCUUUGCUGACUCCUGCCAAGGCCGUGAGGCCAGCAGCACGUAUUUCUGAUGAGUUCAUGCACUCCCUGUGCUCUGCAGAUGCUGGGCCAGGGAUGUUUCCGUACAGGGACGUUUCAUCUUUCGACAAAAUUUGCACAUUAGCCUUUGAGGUUAAUAAUCUCCAGGUGGAAAUUUUAUUUUUGCAGCGCAAACCCUUCCCCUCCCUUCCCACAAUCAAAACUGGGUGCCCAGUCCACAGAGAAGCCACUUUGGAGUGUCUGGAAAUUCCCCAUGUUCAUACCCAACCUACCCGUGUGCCUUGGCUUUUGGGGAGCAGCAUCAGGGAGGUUCCCCCCACCUCCCCAUUAAACAGUGCUUUGGUUUCUCCUUUCUUUUUCUACAUCCCUAGGAAAAGCUGGCCCGUGGCCUCUGCGCCCACACGUGUGCUGGGCUUGGGGUUUUUUCCAGGCACUUUUUCCUAAAGCAGAUCCAGAUGUGUGCAGCUGCUGUCCCUCGAGGAGCACCCCCCACCCCCUUCAGCCAAAUUGCAGGCCACUCCAAUAGAUGCAAACAAAAACAUGUUUAUUUUUAUCAGCCUUGUAGGAAGUAACAUGAAGCAGGAGGGCAGCCAGGGCAAAGCUCGGGAGGGGAGGAGAUGGAGAUAAAAUGAACGCCCCCUCUUUGCCGCCCGCAGUAGAGGAGGCAUUGCUUAAAUCCAGGAACAUUCUCCUCUGGGGAGAGAUGAAGAUCUACUGAAUAAGGAAAAAGUACCAUUCCAGAGUGACAGGGCUGAUAAAUGCCAUGUGGAAGAGCAGAAAGGCUGUGCGUGGCUCUCUGGCACACACACAUCCAUGCACAGCCAUUCCCUGUCACUGCCAGCCCACUGCUCACCCCCGAUCCCACCACAGCUGACUGGGGGCCCCUUAUCCCUGCUUUGUUCAGGUCUCACUCUCUGGGGCUUGACCUUUCACUUCCUGGCACACUUAGGCUGAGCUAAGGGCACUCUGGGCUGAGCUUUGCUCUCCUUGGUGCUGGCAGGUAAGGACCAGCUUACAAAGUCUUUCCCCGAAGCUCACAGGUGAGAAGCUGAGGCUCAGGGCAUCCUUGCCAGCGCAUGUUGGGGUCAGCUGGUCUCUCUCUACCCUGUGGAGGACCCCUGUGCCUCCCAGCCCACCCCUGGCACUAUCAUCAGGGCUGGGAGCUGUGACGGGGUAGGAAAGCCUUUGUGCCCCUGCCAGAGGUAGAGAAAUGCGGAGUGAGGGGGGGAUUCGGUGUCCCUGGGGCAGGGUCCCCCUUGAGCACCUUGUCCUGGCUCUCUUUGGCAGCACCCACUCAUAUCAACCAACUCUCACCCCCUGCCCUGCAGCUCAGUGUUUGGUCAGAGGGAGGUGGGCACUGGAGGGAAUGGGAGGCACUGGGUUGGGGCACAGAUCCCACCCACCAUGUCUCCCCCUCCCAAGGCAAACAUUCACAGCAGGCUUAGCUCUGCAGGCACCCAGCUAGAGACACCCCCCAACACCACCAGAACCUUUAUGGGCCUUGUGCCACCAACCUCAUCUUCUCUUGGGGGGUGACAAAUCCCCAAGGCAGCCAAGCCCUGAGCUCUCCCAGGGGAGUCCUCUCGCGUCUCUGCCGCUUUGUCCCACCAAAGAGGUCACAGCGUCCCCCCACUCUCUGAGGGGAUGCUCAGCGACUUCAGGGGGGACCAGACAUCACCUGGCUGGACUCUGGUGCCAGAGCUCAGCCUUCCCUGCCCCUUACCAUAGGGAAGCUGCCCUGGUGUGGGGAUGCUGGAGCGAGGGCUGCUGGGGGCCAGCACCAUGGACGCCAGGCAGAGGGAUAAAAGCGAAACCCACGCGCUGACCUUGGACCAGCUUAGGGAAAGGGAGGGACAAAACCACCUGCCUGGCUCCCACCUCUUUGCCAGGCUGCAGCACUAAUUAUUUUCCAUAGCUGAAGUCGUCUCUAAUUGUUAGUACGUCUGAAGCAGCCCCAGCGUGACCCACAGACGUGAGCGUGCGCGGUCUGAUGUAACUCCGUGUCUUUCCCGUUCCUGCUGCGGAUCCUGUUCAUGUUCGUGUUCCUCGGCGCUUCCGUGCUGGUUUUAUACCUGCGUUCCGUGUAUAUGGGUGUAACUUGUUCUUUCUUUUUGUAGGUUUUUAGUAUGUUUGUAACCGGACAAAAUGGUGUUAUUAAACUGAAACUUGUAUCUUCAGUGGAUAAACCAAUCAAACCCUCUCCA